CGCUUAAAUGACAGCUGGGCGAUCGCGCUUUAGCCAGUGGGCUGAUGCCACACAAGGAAAGACCGUCUCGAAAGUUGAACCUGCACCCGAAGUUCAAAAGCCCAAGCCGAAGGAGAUCAAAGAAAUCCGAGUCAGCUCCAAUGGCACAAUUCCAAAGUGGAUUCGAGUUGUCUAUCAACCUCGUGUGACUGUACGGAAGUCACCAAGCCUCAAUGCACCAUCAGUGGCUUUUCUGGAGGCCGGAGAGAUUGUGGAGAUUGCUGAAAUCAAACAAGGAUGGGUGAGGCUAGCGGAUGCAGAAAAACAUGCUCGAGACGUGUCCGAAGAUUGUGAUGCCUGGGUUCUCCAAGAUGGUAAAGCCGUAAGCUUGGGCUUGCUGUUGGAGGAGUGCGAGCCUCGCUGGUUUCGCGUGGUCUACGAACCACGGGUUCCAGUUCGCAUGAAGGCUUCAGUCCAGGCACCUGCGAUCGCAUUUUUGCAGGCUGGAACAGUCAUAGAGGCUGAAGAAGUUUGGCAAGGAUGGGUCAGGUUGUCCGCACAAGACCGACAACUCCUUGACAUCUCCGACGACUGUGGAUCCUGGGUUCUCAUUGACGGAUACGCCAAGGGCGCUGGUCGACUACUGGAAUGGCUACCGGGUCUUUCCCUGGAGGGCUUUCUGUGGCAAGACGAUGCGCAGGAGGCAUCAAAGCCUUCCGUUGCUUCGCGGCGCCGACAAAAACGUCAAGAACGAGCCAAUAUCCGUCUUGAGCAUGACAAAGCACGCACUCGAGAACUGCGCGCCGUUCACAAAGUUCUGCAGGCUCUUCAAGAAAUACUACCUGGACUAGCUCCUAAGACUCUGAGGGCCUCAGAUGCUGCCGAGGGGAAGGAAAGGCGGGUGAAACACCCCACAGAGGAGGAAGUGGAGGGAGCCCUCUCACAGGCAGCUUUGACUUUGUGGGUGCCAUGCUCUUAUCGCAAACUUCCGCAAAUCUUUGCGCCUCGGGAAGGCUUGGAGGUUCUGUCCAGCAUGAUUGACCGGCCACCCAAGUAUCAAGAGAAGUACCUGGAACAGGAAUGGUCCAUCCUUUGCAAAGUCUGGGCUUUGGCGCCAAGCUGUGGCAAGGGCUUGGCGGUGGUGGACAUUGGGGCUGGGAAUGGAAGCCUGGCACUGCUGGCAGCGUUGCUGCUGGGCGGUCAUGCAGUGCUGAUUGACCACACCCUGCCUCCGGAACCCAUGCGCGUUGAAGGGCGACUCCCAGAGGAGUAUCGUCAGCGAGUUCUACGUGUCACUGGGGAUGUAGGAGAUCUGGACGCGAGCCGAGAAAUUGAACCGCUCCUGGAGAAGCAUGGCAUCACCCAAGUCGUGGUCAUAGCGAAACAUUUGUGCGGCACUGGGACCGACUUGGCCCUGAAGUUGCUGCGGCGCUGGUGUCAGGCGGGUGCUGAGACAAAGGUUGACGUCCUUGGAGCUGUCAUCGCCACGUGCUGCAUGCACAAAAUUGGUGCUGCAGAAGAUAGGCGCAUCUAUUCAGAGAUUCAUUCUGCAGAUCCCUAUUUGCGAAAGCUAAUGGGAAAGAGCACUGACCCGUUGGUGUCUUUGUUAGGUGUUUGCACUCCGUGUGUUGCAUGGCGUACGACCGCUGGUGCAGAGGCCAGCCGCAUCACUGAAAAACAAGUGAAAAUGGCUGAAAUGUUUGAGGAUGCCCUACAGCAACCACGUUCAAACCUGCUGCAGAGUCUUUUUCCAUCUGCCAUCGAAGUCGCUUUCGUGCCUUUCCAUCGAUCUCCACAAAAUCGCUGUUUGAUUGCUGGAUCUGAGCUUGGGGUGCAGAGGGCCCUGGACACUGGCGUUUUUGCGAGUGCUGAAGCUCAAAGUGUUCUCUCUGCCAUCGCUGCUGCGCGGGAUGAUGUGCUGCGGGUCAAUGGCACAGCAUUGGAUCUUCGUCCACAUGGAAUGGUGUCGACAAGGUUUGGCUACGAUGGCACCUGA